AUGCCUCGUACGACACAUAAGGAAGUUCGACCAUUUCAUGGAAUGGGAAGCAAUGAUACAAGCAGUCAGGAAAGAAGGGUUGGUGAAGAUGAUGUUCCGUAUGCAGUCAAAGAGAUGGCAACACUCGAAGAUACUUCCAAUGUAGAUUUUGAAAUGGAAUUAGAAGAUAUGGAUAAGGAUGAGGACACGGAUGAGGAUGACGGGGGGCAGACAGGUAUUAUGCUAGAACUUAGAGAUUCACUGUCCUGGUUUAGAUUUGAACAGAAUGAUAGAAGAAGUUUCGACGCCCGUAUUGUUGUUCGUAACAAAUCUAAUUGUAUCAGUAGAUUGUCGAAUAGAGAAUUCGAACGACUUUUAACUAGUCAAGAGGAUACUUUUGCGGAAGAGGCGCGGAAAUUAUGGUAUCAUUACAAAAGUAAUUUUUCAUGCCACAACUACUGUAACGCAUGUGGUGAGGGACUUUUGUCUUCGCACGAGAAAUGUAAUAAAUGCGUCGACAGUGCUACUGCAACGUUCGUCCGUAUUGGUAGCAGAUCCCAAUUAAAAGAAUUGGUGGAACUAUAUAUUGAUAAGAUCAUGGAAAUCAGGAAACAACUGAAAGAAGGGAAAAAUAUCGUUCAUAAUUUGAAUAGCCCCUUUUUCUCUAAAUAUUGGAAAGCAGAACUUCAGAAUCACUUGAAUCUUUCCACUGUUAUUUCAAUUGAUGGAAUUCAGAUUUCGGGUAACAAAAAGAAAUUAUGGCCUGUUAGCCUUGUUUUGGUGGAUUUGCCGUCUAGCGAGAUGCAGAAAUCGUGCAACCUGAUUCUAGAAGGAGCAGUCGAAUGUAGUGAAAAUCCAUCAACUUUACUGUGGAAUGCUAUAUUUGGAAAGAUCCGUUCUGAUGUAGAAGCUCACACUGGCAGAGUUGGAAACAUUACUUACGAUUGCAAAAUCACUACGUGUUGUGCAGAUCAGCCGGCGAAAAGAUCCUUCUUUGGUAUGAAAGGACAUUCAUCUAGUAUGUCUUGUUUCUACUGUCUGAGCGAAGAAACACUGUACAAGCGGGGUGGUGUAAGCCGAAAAGAACAACGAUACGGAAAUCUGACUGUGUUGGAUUCCAAAAACGGAGAAAAUGGAUUCUCAUCGAAAAGUUCUAAAGUUGUAGAGGUCAUUGCACCUUACAAUACUCCGAUUGACAUUUUGCACAAUACCGGAGAAGGACUUUUUGAUCGUAUUCGGAAAGAAAUCUUUCCUCCAGAUACAAAAUUUAUCCGAAAGUCAGACUUAUUCGUCAUUGAUCCCAGCUCAUUCGCGCGUGAUAUUCGUCGAGUAUACUUGCAUUCCAAUUACGAGAACAUUGAAAACCUUCGCAACGGCUCAGAUAAAACUCAUCACCUCCGUCUCACGCUUGCUCUGACAGCCCUAGUAUCAGAUUCAAUGAAACCAAAGGCUAGACUAGUUCUAAUAGCCUUAGGAUUUCUGACAAAUAAGAUGUACAGUAAUACGCAAGCUCCAACAUUGUUCGAUAUUCAGCUGUAA